AUGCAGCAAUUACACGGGGGCUCUCCUGCAGAGCAUCAACGCAGUUCAGGAGCCGAUGCGGUUGUGGUGGCGGCCGCUCCUCAAGCCAUAGCUCAGCCAAUGAGUCCCUCGAAGACUCGUCCCUCGAAGAUAGGUGUUUUGAGACGUCCAUCAAUGAAUCCACCAGAAGCUUUUGCCGAAGGUCAUCAUAUUGGACCUUCUUCCGGUGUAUCCUUUCUCUAUCACUCCUGGAACAAAGGUGAGAAAUCCGAAAGAGAUGCAGCAGCACUGCCCAGUGCUCCUCUGAUUUCUCAUGGCGACAUGCCCUUACCCAAGUUUCCUGAUCAGGGGCUCCCAUCCCGUGAGGAGGCUGAUUCGUUGCUGGAACUUUACUUUCGCUUUGGCACCCCGACUUAUCGUUUUCUUCAUUUGUCAACCGUGCAGGGCUGGGCAUUUCAUCUUCUGAAUGGUGACCCUCAGUUAAUGUCCGAGACUGCAUGCGUCUUACUAGCGUUUGCACAGUCCCUGCUGUACACCAAGGCCGGUGACCGCUAUGCAAGUGCAGAUGAUCGUGAUUUCCAGCGUAGUGCGUUCUAUUCCGAACGAGCCAAAUCUCUUCUCACCCAGGAGUCUGGCCCUGCUUCUUUAUCCAGCGUCCAGGCGAGGUUGGCUCUGUGCUUACACCUUCUCAGUACUUUUCGCAUCAACGAGUGUCGGUUCACCUUGAACAUGGCCUGUGCCAUUCUGACCUCGAUCGGACUUCACAGGAGAACUAGGAACGAGGCAAGCAUGGACCUUAUCACCAUAGAGUUAAGAAAACGAACGUUCUGGUGCGCUUAUGUUUUAGAUGGCUACUUGAGCGUCAUGCUUGGAUGUCCUCGAAUGCUUCGGGAUCAGGAUAUUGAUCAAGACUUCCCACGAAACAUCGAUGAUCAAGAUCUUCUGUCAGCCGAGUCUCCGGAAGAGCUUCCUCUGCAUGGCAACCUGGAAGCCUUCAUUGCCCACGCUGAACUAGCGAAGCUUAUGGGUCGCAACAGUGACUUAUUGUACCCAUUGCAGCCUCUGACCGAGGAUCAAGUGCUAGAAAGGACCUCAAAUAUGCUUGACUCCCUGCUUACCUGGAGAGAGAAACUACCGGAAUUUCUGAAACCACGUGAGAAAACUCUUAGUGGUCAACGCACCUUUGAAAGGCAAAAUACCGUUCUGAAAUUUGCAUUUUCUCACAUGCAGAUAUUGGUCACAAGGCGAAGUCUCCUAGCAGACUUCAGUAACCUUGGGGGGAGCGUACCUGCAAUCAGAGACGAACGGGCGCUGAGACAUAUUCAACAAUGUGCCGAUGCGAUCGACCGAAUACUUUCAACGGCUUGCGAUAUGAUUGAUAGGACUGUCUGGUACCAAGGGUUUUGGUUCACACCAUAUGUUGCACUGGUCGCGUUGUCGACUUUGUAUGUUUUCCUUAUUCAGAAAAGUCGAUCUUCCCUCCCAGCGACCAGUUUUCCGCAGGUGGAGAAUCUGCUCGAGAAGGCAAGACGGUGUCAGGAUUUCCUUACGGCACUCUCUCCGAAGGGAAGUCAAGCGCGUCGACAUUAUGAACUUCUUGAUCGCUUACGAUGCCGUGCGGAGAAGGAUGCUCUAAAAGCGAGGCUGGUUGCGCCACGAGUCAUACCCACAACGACCGGGGUGGCCAGUACACCUUCUGCACCUCAGGUAUCCUCCUCUGAAGUUCAACAUGUCCCUCCAGAUCACAAUGCUCGUCUGAAUGAUCACGCUGGGAUAAAAAUUCCACAAAUAUCGUCCGUUGGGAAUAUCGAAGAUGCCCAUAAUGUAGACUCUGUGGGGGUGACUACUCAGUUUACACCAUCUGAGGACGACUUUGUGUUCCAAAACCUCCUUAAGUGGGACUGGGAACAUCUUGAUACUGUAGGGUUUCCUGGAGACUGGGAGCCUUUCAAUCUACCAUCUUGA